CCGAGGCGCGCUAAUUCAGAAAACUAACGGAGGUGGAGAAAGCAAUUAACCAGAGAAAUCUGGUAAGAGCAUAUCGAAUCGUAUUUUCUCUGUCUCUCGAAUGCUCCAUAUCAUUGUUAUUCUUUUCCUUUUGAUGUUGCUGCGCUUCAAAUGCAAUUAGUUCCAGUCCUCCGAAAAUUCGAUCAUCGUAGUUUAGUAUUCGGCCGCUUGAAUCAAUUUCACAAAGAAAAGUGACGAUGAACAGCUUAGUGUCGGUUCUUGGUGAAACCCGAUGUUUUAGCCAUUUGAUUCUCGUUUUCAAAUCUUACGCUACCGGAAAAGCAAAAGAAUUCCGCAUUGUGUAAUUUCUCGUGCAAGAGUGUUAACUAUUUUACACUUACUUCUGCACGUCCGCUUCCAAAUUCUGUUUAUCUUAUCUCCUGGUUUUAGUUUUAGUACAGUUGAUUGAUAACCAUCGCAUAUUUGGAAUGCAAAGCCACGGUACUGAAUUCACUGGGAAACGCAUGAAAUUAGAUAUGGAAGAGCAGGAAAAGGAUACUGGCAUGUCCAACAUUAUAGAAAACGAGCAGUGCGAGACGAGCAUUAGGGGAUCCGAGGAGAUGGAAUCAAAUAUAACUCGCCUACUUGAAAAGAUUGAGAGCUUCACACAGCUGGUGUCUGAACUCCUGGAGUCGGGAAAGACUGUUUUCAAAGAUCUUAGUAAUGAAUUUGAAGAGAGAAUCAUAGCCAUUCAUAAGGAUCAUGUUGAAAAAUGGCAACAUGAGAUCAAGGAACUGCGGUUGCUAGAUUCAUCAAAUGAGGAAGCCAAUACUAUUUUAUGCAAUGCUCGAAAUUUACUUCAGAAUGGCCAUACCGAGUUUUGAAGGAUUCUACUUGGGAUGCAGGGCUUGCCGUAGUGAACUGAAGUGGAUGCGGUUUUUUGAAAUAGAACUUUGAUGCACGGCCAUUCUAAAGACGAUAUACUUCUGGGGGAUUUGUAUGCGAUAUAUCUAAAGGAAACAACUAACAUAAAUCUCAGAAGAAACUUAGGUACGGUGCCUUUAUUUCUUUUAAUAUGUUCGGGAAUGAUUUUAGAAUGGGUGAUUUUAGCAAAAAA